AUGGACUUAUCGCUUCAAUCUUUUGUAAGUAUUACUUUGGCCAUGGUUGCCAUUGUGAUGGGGAGAUUAUUAUUUUCAUGGUGGAUUAUGCCUAACUUGGCAUAUAAAAAGCUCAAGGCCAAUGGGUUUUCCGGGCCGAAACCAAGUUUUCCUUUUGGAAACUUAAGUGACAUGAAAAAGGAGAAGAAAUCUGAAGAUUCUUCCCCAUCUUCCAGCAUCAUAUCCCAUGAUAUCCACUCUGCUGCAUUUCCAUUCUUCGCCCGGUGGCAGAAAUCCCACAAGAAAGUAUUCAUCUACUGGUUAGGGACAGAGCCAUUCCUUUACAUUGCAGACCCUGAAUUUCUGAAGAAGAUGACUGCAGAUGUAAGAGGAAAAAGUUGGGGAAAGCCAACCGUUUUUAAAAAUGACAGAGAACCCAUGUUUGGCAAUGGUCUUGUAAUGGUUGAAGGCGAAGACUGGGUCCGGCACCGCCAUGUUAUAACUCCAGCAUUCUCUCCGGCCAACUUGAAAGCUAUGUCAAGCUUAAUGGUGGAGUCAGCAACUAGUAUGCUCGACCGCUGGAGUAUCCUAGUCAACUCCGGCAAGCCAGAAAUCGACGUUGAGAAAGAAAUCAUAAGCACAGCCGGAGAGAUCAUCGCGAAAACAAGUUUCGGCAUGAGUUAUGAAUACGGAAGAAAAGUGUUUGACAAAUUAAGAGAAAUGCAAAUCACUCUUUUCAAGUCCAACCGCUAUAUAGGGGUACCCUUUAGCAACGUCUUAAACCCUAAACAAACUUUAAAGGCCAAAAAACUUGGAAAGGAAAUUGAUGCCCUCCUCUUAUCCAUAAUUACCGCUCGAAGCAAAUCCAGCAAAAGGCAUCAGCCUCAGCAGGACUUGCUCGGUCUACUGCUGGCGGAGAAUACGGUAGACGGUCGCCUUGGAAAACGAGCCUUAACCUCUAGUGAACUGGUUGAUGAGUGCAAAACCUUUUUCUUCGGCGGCCAUGAAACCACUGCAUUGGCGGUGACAUGGACUUUGCUCCUCCUUGCACAGCACCGUGAGUGGCAAAAUCAGCUGAGAGAAGAAAUCAGAGAAGUGAUUGGAAAUGGAGAAAUUGAUGCAACAACGGUUGCUGGACUAAAGAAGAUGGGUUGGGUAAUGAAUGAAGUUUUACGUUUGUACCCUCCAGCUCCCAACGUACAGAGGCAAGCAAGACACGACAUUAAAGUGGACGACCUCGUGAUUCCCAACGGUACAAACGUGUGGAUCGAUGUUGUAUCAAUGCACCAUGACCAAAAUCAUUGGGGACAAAACGCGAAUGAAUUCAAACCAGAAAGAUUUAAGGAUGACAAUUUGUAUGGAGGAUGCAAUCACAAAAUGGGAUUUUUGCCAUUUGGAUUUGGAGGAAGAAUGUGUGUUGGUAGGAAUUUGACAAGUAUGGAGUACAAAAUUAUGUUAACCCUAAUCUUGACUAGGUUUUCCUUUUCUCUUUCACCAAAUUACUGUCAUUCUCCCUCUAUUAUGCUGUCACUUAGGCCAAUGCAAGGUCUUCCUGUGAUAUUUGAACCUCUAUAA